AUGAGGAAGCACACUGCAUCAGCAUGUCGUUACGAUCAUCUGCCAUGUCAGCUGACCAAUGGAACAGUUGUUUCGCCGGACAUAUACUCCUUCUGUUGUAACGGCAACAUUUAUCCAAAGGUCUUAAAUGGUCGUAAAAACUGCUGUUGUAAAGACAGUCUCCCUGGCGGUAUACCGCAGGUAUAUAACCCUGAGGAACACAUCUGCUGUUUAGGAGGCAAGUUCCCUCGCAGAGACUCUCUGGGCCAAGAACAAGGAUGCUGUGGAACUAAACCAUACCCCAGGGUAAGGGGACAGCUUUGCUGUGUUCCUCAACCACACGAAAACCAUGCAAACGCCAAUCUGUUUACCUCUCUUAUUGGGGAAAAUGACACAUGCUGUGGAAAUGAGAAAUACGACAGCACAACCCAAGUCUGCUGCACAGAUGGGAUGUUUAAGGUUAGGCUUUAUACUAAAGACAAUAACAAAAUAUGCUGUCAAAAAGAUUACAUCAACAAGAAUACUCAUGAUUGUAUCAUAAAUAAGGAAACAAACAGAUUAGGAAAAACGCUCAAGUUUAGUAGAUCCUGUGGAGAUACCAAGAUUGAUGAUCGCCAAGACUUGUGUUGUAAUGGACAGGCACAUCGUAAUGUGUCACAGGUUUCCUCCCAUUCCUGUUGUGGAGACGAAAUCUUUAACAGGAAUACACACCAGUGUUGCGGUAACACUCACACCAUUGCAAUCAACAUGCAGUGUUGUGGAUCACAUCGUGAUGGUGAGUAUCUUCAAAUUUCCCCUAUCUGUCCUGUGUUACAGGGAAGGAAGCAUGAGGUCCAUAUCUUACAAAUGUCCAAUUCAGAUCAUUUUCUCACUUAUAACCUUCUGUAA